GUUCAAAAUCCCUUUUCUUCCCUCUUAUCCAAAAUCAGAACGCGAUUCCAUGGCCUCCGGCAAAGAUUCCGACCGUAACCUAGGGUACAUGACCCUGAAGGAUGCGGAAUUGAAGCUUCCACGGACGACCCGGGUCAAGAACAAGACUCCGGCGCCGGUCCAAAUCACCGCCGAGCAGAUUCUAAGGGAGGCUCGAGAGAGGCAAGAGGCUGAGAUCCGUCCGCCUAAUCAGACAAUCACUGAUUCGACUGAGCUUUCCGACUUCAGACUCCGACGUCGGAAGGAGUUUGAAGACCAGAUCCGCCGUGCGAGAUUGAAUACCCAAGUUUGGGUCAGAUAUGCGCAGUGGGAAGAGUCGCAGAUGGAAUACGAGCGUGCUCGAAGCGUGUGGGAACGAGCCUUAGAAGGAGAAGCUUACCGGAGCCACACGCUCUGGGUCAAGUUCGCCGAGUUUGAGAUGAAGAACAAGUUUGUCAACGAAGCGAGGAACGUUUGGGAUCGUGCUGUUACGAUCCUCCCUCGAGUGGACCAGCUUUGGCGCAAUUAUAUCCACAUGGAAGAGAAACUUGGGAAUAUUGCCGGAGUUAGAGAGAUAUUCGAGCGGUGGAUGGAUCGGUCACCGGAUCAACAAGCUUGGCUCUGCUUUAUCAAAUUCGAACUUAAGUAUAAUGAAAUCGAACGUGCAAGAUCCAUUUACGAGAGAUUUGUUCUUUGUCAUCCAAAUGUUUCUGCUUAUAUUCGAUAUGCAAAGUUUGAGAUGAAGCAUGGUCAAGUUGAGCUUGCUAGGAAAGUGUUCGAACGCGCCCAGAAGGAGCUUGCAGACGAUGAAGAAGCUGAGAUUCUCUUUGUGGCGUUUGCUGAAUUUGAAGAACAAUGCAAGGAAGUAGAGCGAGCUAGGUUUAUCUACAAUUUUGCUCUUGAUCAGAUUCCUAAAGGAAGAGCUGAAAAUUUGUACAGCAAGUUUGUGGCGUUUGAGAAACAGAAUGGGGAUAAGGAAGGGAUUGAGGAUGCCAUUAUUGGGAAGAGGAUGUUUCAGUAUGAAGAUGAAGUGAGUAAGAACCCUUUGAACUAUGAUUCGUGGUUCGAUUACCUUAGGUUAGAAGAGACUGUUGGGAACAAAGAUAAGAUAAGAGAAAUCUAUGAGAGGGCUAUUGCUAAUGUUCCACCUGCCCAAGAGAAACGAUACUGGCAAAGAUACAUAUAUCUUUGGAUUAAUUAUGCUUUGUAUGAAGAGAUUGAAACUGAAGAUGUGGAGCGUACCCGAGAUGUUUACAGAGCAUGCCUCAAGCUUAUCCCCCACACCAAAUUUUCUUUUGCCAAAAUAUGGUUGCUCGCUGCACAACAUGAAAUCAGGCAAUUAAAUCUCACGGGUGCACGACAGAUAUUAGGAAAUGCAAUUGGGAAAGCUCCAAAAGAGAAGAUAUUCAAGAAAUACAUUGAGAUCGAACUCCAGUUGGGAAAUAUAGAUAGAUGUAGAAAGUUAUACGAGCGGUAUCUUGAAUGGUCUCCUGAGAAUUGCUAUGCUUGGAGAAACUAUGCUGAGUUUGAAAUGUCUCUUGCUGAAACAGAACGAGCUAGAGCUAUCUUUGAACUUGCAAUAUCUCAGCCUGCUCUAGACAUGCCCGAGCUGCUAUGGAAGACGUACAUUGAUUUUGAGAUAUCAGAAGGGGAAUUAGAGAGGACACGGGCUUUAUAUGAGAGACUCUUGGACCGUACAAAACAUUGCAAGGUGUGGGUUAGCUUUGCAAAGUUUGAAGCUUCUGCUGCGGAACACAAAAAAGACGAGGAAGAAGAAGAUGCUAUUGAACGCAAAAAAGACGACAUCAGACGCGCCAGAGCGAUCUUCGAUAGAGCCAACACAUACUACAAAGACAAAACACCAGAGCUGAAAAAAGAGCGUGCUAUGCUUUUGGAGGAUUGGCUUAACAUGGAGACGGGCUUUGGUAUGCUCGGGGAUGUUAGUGUCGUUCAAUCGAAACUCCCGAAGAAGCUCAAGAAGAGAAAGCUGAGCAGUAGAGAAGAUGGCUCUACAGAGUAUGAAGAAUACAUUGAUUAUUUGUUUCCAGAAGAAUCACAGACGACGAAUCUUAAGAUUCUUGAAGCUGCUUAUAAAUGGAAGAAGCAGAAGGUUGUUAAAGCUGGGGAAUGCGUCUAGAGCGGUUAACAUAAUGGUGUUAUGCAAUACUCUUCCAGCUUAAAAAAAUAUCAUGAUGUACUUACAUAGAUGAUUAUGUCUCUUGCAGUGUUCAUAUUAUAAUGAAAUUUAUAGAUUUAGUUAUACAUUAGAACAUUAACAGUCGAUCAAGGUUUAGCCAUUCUCUUCUCUCCUGAAUUUCAAUCAAUAAUGUAAACAUCGAUCGUGAGAGUGACACUAAAAUCUAAUUUUAGACCAUUUCAGAUAA